CUCCCAUCAGUUCAAAGUGACCUCUGCAUGUGACUCCGAGCAUCCAAAAGGACGCGUUCGGCUCCGGGCUGCGGGUCCCUCGGCCUCCUGCAGAGGGAGAUACAGCCCGCUGCAGAAGGGAUCCACAGGGGUGUCCGGCCGGCACUAACACCCAGGCAGCAGCAGCAGCAGCAGCAGCAGCAGCAGCAACACAGUAGCACAGUAGCAGCAAGUGCGGUGCAGUCGACCUGAGAGGAGCGGACGCUGCUCCGCCUUCUUCGUGCAGGAAACACCGCACAGAUGACGGGACCAUCGCGGAUAACUAUCACACAUUCCUCCGUUUGAUUAUUGCUACACAUCAAACAAACACGUCCGCCUCCUCCUGCCUCUCUCACCGGGAUCACACACCGCCGCUGUUGGGUCUUUUUGGGUCUUGUUUCUUGCGUUUUUGUGUGUGCGUUGUCCUCCGGGAGGCUGAAUGGAAGCAGCAGCCGAGGGAGCGGUCGGGCUGUCGGAGGCCCGGGACGGGAGCCCGCUAUCCGGGGCCACAGCAUCCGAUGAUGGGGACACGGUGGUUGGAGUCAGCUACGGAAUGGACGCCGGAGACAUGGAUGCUGCUGCCAGGAAAGCCUUCAUCACAGAGAUGCCCUCGUCCUCAGGCCAGCCUGGUCAGGGGAAGAAGAUGGGCCACAGAGGAGUGGAUGCAUCAGGGGAAACUACUUACAAGAAGACCACAUCCUCGGCCUUGAAAGGUGCCAUCCAGCUGGGCAUCGGUUACACGGUGGGCAACCUGAGCUCCAAGCCGGAGAGAGACGUGUUGAUGCAGGACUUCUACGUGGUGGAGAGCAUCUUUUUCCCCAGUGAAGGCAGCAACCUCACUCCAGCCCACCAUUUCCCGGACUUCCGCUUUAAAACCUACGCUCCCGUGGCCUUCCGCUACUUCAGAGAACUGUUCGGCAUCAGGCCGGAUGACUACCUGUACUCUCUCUGUAACGAGCCUCUCAUCGAGCUGUCUAAUCCCGGAGCGAGUGGCUCUGUCUUCUACCUAACGAGGGACGACGAGUUCAUCAUCAAGACUGUGAUGCACAAGGAGGCUGAAUUCUUACAGAAACUGCUGCCUGGAUACUACAUGAACUUGAAUCAGAACCCUCGCACGUUGCUGCCCAAGUUUUUCGGCCUCUACUGUGUCCAGUCGGGCGGGAAGAACAUCCGCGUGGUGGUGAUGAACAACGUCCUUCCCCGCGUGGUUCGCAUGCACCUCAAAUUCGACCUGAAGGGCUCCACCUACAAGAGGCGAGCAUCCAAGAAGGAGAGAGAGAAGGCCAGGCCCACUUUCAAAGACCUGGACUUCAUGCAAGACCUGCAGGAGGGACUGAUGCUGGACCAGGACACUUACAGCGCGCUGGUCAAAACCCUGCAGAGAGACUGUCUGGUGCUGGAAAGCUUCAAGAUCAUGGACUACAGUCUGCUGCUCGGGGUUCACAACAUGGACCAGGCGGAGAGGGAGAGGCAGAUGGAGGGCUCCCAGGGCGACAGCGAUGAGAAGAGGCCCGUGGCCCAGCAGAAGGCCCUGUACUCCACCGCCAUGGAGUCCAUCCAGGGAGGAGCCGCCUGCGGAGGGUCCAUCGACACCGACGACACGAUGGGCGGUAUCCCAGCUGUGAAUGGAAAAGGGGAGAGACUUCUUCUCUACAUCGGAAUCAUCGACAUCCUGCAAUCCUACAGGCUAAUCAAGAAACUGGAGCACACGUGGAAAGCUUUGGUUCAUGAUGGGGACACCGUAUCAGUCCACCGGCCAGGCUUCUACGCCGACAGAUUCUUCAAGUUCAUGAGCAGCAUGGUUUUCAAGAAGAGCUCCUCUCUGAAGUCAUCUCCAUCCAAGAAGGGUCGUGUGUCGUUGUCGGUGCCUAAGUGUGUUGGUCCUGGAGCAGCCUGGUCAGCCAGCCAGCUGCCCUCCGAGAGAGACGAGAACAUCUACGACCUAAGAGGAGCUCGCAGCUUCCCCACGCUGGAGGAUGAGGGGCGACCAGAUCAUCUUCCAUGCACUCCUCCAUCGUUUGAAGAGGCCACCACAGCGUCAAUUGCCACCACCCUCUCCUCCACCACCUCUCUCUCCAUCCCUGAGAGAUCCCCCUCUGACACCGGCGAGCACCCCCGCUACAGGAGGUACACCCAGUCUCUCACCCAUGACGGAAGGACCCAGGAGGAGCUGCGUGUGCGUGAGGAGGACCAGCAGACCAUCAGAGUGGAGGUGGAGUUGAAGAGACACGACAGUGAGCCCACCAUCUCUGUUCCACAGUCUUCACCUGAAGCCAGUGAUGUUCAGGAAGGAGCUGGUGCAGAGGCUGCCAAUGAUGCUGCUGCUGCUGCUGCAGCACCCUCCAGCUCUUCGUCAGCACCUGAAGCAGCAGCAGCCUCCUCCUCCUCCUCGUCUGCCCCAGAUGCUCCUUCUUGUUCCGGGGCAGCCAGUGAAGCCCCGUCCAGUCCCAAGGUGGUGGUGGAGACAGACAGGGCCAGCCAGGUGUCCGGCUCAGGCUGCACCAGCCAGGCUUCAGUCGAUGAUGAGGACGACGUGCCAAUCACAGAUAUCUACUUUCCUCAAGACGACAGCACCUGGGUGUACUCUCCACUACACUAUGGCUCAGAGUCUAAGGCCCUGCCAGAUGGGGAUUGGGAGAGAGAGACAUAAACCCCGAUCUCUGGCAGAGAGGAGUGAACGUGUCAGUGGACUCAUCGGUCUGACGUCCAGACCUCAGCGGUAGCAGCAGGAUCUCUGUCUGAACCAGGACUUUAAA